GAGAGCCCCUCCGAGGCGGCGCCCGCCGAGCCCGUGGCGCCGGGGCCGAGGGAGGCGCAGAGGCCCGGCGACAAGGUCGCCGAGCUCGAGCGCCAGCUGAAGCUGCUCAUGAGCAAGCUCACCGAGGGGGAGGCCGCCGAGCAGGCGGCCGCGCGCCCGGCGGCGGAGGCGGAGCAGGCGGGCGAGGGGGCCGCCGCCCCGCCGAAGGCGCCCGAGGCGGAGCCCAGCAACCUGCGCCAGAGCCAGGAG